ACUCAGUCGAAGUGUAAGAAGCUAGUGAUUGAGGUGUCCAUAUUUAGCUCAGUACUGCUGCCUUUCUGAAAUGACUUUUCUUCCUUAACAAAGACCAAAACACUAGGAACAAAAUCCUCAAAAUCUCCACUCAAACUCGCUUCAUCACACUCCAAUUCUGCAGAUUCAGCCAUGGAUGACGACAGUGAUCGGAGUUCUGAAGCAACUGAAUUGGAAAAUUUAACAACACAAAGAAAGAGGCACAGUGACACCGACGAUGCUGAAGAUUCCGGCACCGUAAAUGAAGACGAAUCCGAUGACGAUGAGACUGAUGAUCAGAGAGAGGUUAGUGAAUUGGACACUUCGCCCAUGGAAAUCGACGCAUAUUCUCGAACUUGUCAAUCUGAAACCCUAGUAUCUGGCUUGGCGGAGGUCCCGAUACAGUAUGAAAUGCGACAGGAUGAGUUGGAGCACUUGAAGAAUCAUCUUCAAGGGAGUCACCAAGAAGCCCUUGCAAUCGUUAUAGCCAAAGCUGCUCAAUCUCAAUCAGGAAGCAAAAUCCAAAUACCCAAACAAGUGAAGAGUCCGGAAGGUUCUAGAAGCUACUACAAGUGCACGUACAAUGAAUGUGAAGCUAAAAAGAUUGAAUCUUGUGAUCAAUACAAUUCCAUCACGAAAAUAGUUUAUAAAGGUCAACACAAACAUGAACAACCUAAGAAAGUGUUCACAAGGCGAGGUAAAGUCUUGUCAUCUUCUAAAGGGCAAGAACGUAAAUUUACAUCCAAGCAAUGUAAAUCAAGUGGGUCCAUUAGUAACGGUGCGAUUUUAGUUGAAGAGAUGGAUGCACCACCACCAAAAAGGAGAGUGAAGAAAAACAGCAUGGCGAGUCCUGGAUCGGUUUUGAAGGCGGCAAAAAAACCAAAAUUUGUUGUGCAUGCAGCUGGUGAUGUGGGAAUAUCAGCCGAUGGUUAUAGAUGGAGGAAAUAUGGUCAAAAGAUGGUCAAAGGAAAUCCUCAUCCAAGGAAUUACUACAAGUGCACAUCUGCGGGGUGUCCAGUUAGGAAACACAUAGAGAUGGCAGUUGAUGGUUCAUCCGAAGUAAUUCUAACAUACAAAGGAGUCCAUGAUCAUGACAUUCCAAUCCACACAAAACACAUCAAUUCCCCUAAUCCUAAUCCUAAUGCUCUUCUUCUCACUGCUGUUUCUUCCCCUAAUCCCGACAUUCUUACUUAACUUGUAGUUUAAUUUCUCCUUUCUUUGUUUAAUAAGAUCUAUAUUUAUAUAUAUAUAUAUUUCGUUUUGAUUAAAUAAAUCAUAAAUGUAAAUGACUAAAUCCCCCCGUAGGUCUAGUGGCUUUCAGGAAAUUGUAGCCUAGGGUAUAUUUUGUUAAGGUAAGAUUUGUUUACAAGUUUGCUAUCUAAUCUAGAUAUAAUGACUUAAUG